UGGGUUCGGCUUGAGAGCCCUCUUCGUCUUGGUGAUGUCCUGCAGUCCUGCCCUAAUCGUGAGGAGGAAGAAGAGUAAGAGGAGAAUUAGGGUUGUUGCAGAGAGAACAUUGACGAGUCAUCGAAGUACGCUUUGAGGUGGUGAAAGACUAAGCAUAGCCAUGGGAGCCCCGAAGCAGAAGUGGACCUCGGAGGAGGAGGAGGCGCUGCGAGCUGGCGUGGACAAACACGGUGCCGGGAAAUGGAGGACCAUCCAAAAGGAUCCCGAGUUCAGCCACUGCCUGUCCACCCGAUCGAACAUCGACCUCAAGGACAAAUGGAGGAAUAUGAGCAUUAGUGCCAGUGGCCAAGGUUCUAGGGAGAAGAUGAGAACACCAAAGCCAAAGGACGUUCCAUGCAUUCCAGUAUCCAACUCCCCAAGCGUCACUCCUGCUCCCUUCCCACAUAAAGAUGCAGCACCUACAACUGCAGAUGCUACAAAAAACUCAGAGGAUGGAAAAGUUCCCCCUCGAUACGCUGCUUUAAUAAUUGAAGCAAUUACUUCAAUGCAAGAACCGAACGGAGUGGAAAUUGGUGCUAUCUUCAAUUUUAUAGAGCAAAGACAAGAAGUGGCACAAAACUUCCGUAGGGUGCUUAGUUCCAAGUUAAGACGGCUUGUCGCACAGAACAAAAUAGAAAGGAUUCAAAACGGAUACAGGCUGAAAGAUUCAUCAUUUGCAACAAAAACUCCUAUUCCCAAACCAAAAGACCAAGUAAAUCGUUCUAGGGUACCUCUGAAUUCCAGUUCAUCGAAAUCCAUGGACCUUAUAGAGGAAGCUGCAAUAACUGCCGCUUAUAAAAUAGCAGAUUCUGAAGCCAAAUCAUUUUUAGCUUCCGAAGCUGUCAAGGAGGCAGAGAAGAUCGCACAGAUGGCUGAAGAGACUGAUGCACUAUUGCUACUAGCUAAAGAGAUCUUCCAGAGAUGUUCAAGAGGUGAGAUCGUCACAAUUUCUUAACCAACAUGAGUGAAAAAGGACGGUAUCUCCCAGUUCGCCAGGGAUCAUUGGCUAUUGAACUGCUCUGUUGUAGUGUAGCUUGAAAGCUGAAAGCUGCAAGCUAUGGCUAUUGUUUUAAAUUGUAACUAGUAAAUAAACAUGAAUGCUGGACUGCUCAUUGUAUAUACACGAACUUGUUCAUCCAAUUUUCACUAGAGCUGCACGGGGUGAAACAAAAAAUUUCAAA